AUGCCGUCGCCGGACGCGGCGGCGAGGCACACGGGCGCCGGCGUGGCGCGUCGGCAGGCCCACCACGAGCGGAUGCGCGACGAGCGCGCUCGGGAAGCGGCCGCGGGUGACGCGGAGCUUCCGCCGGAGGACGACGCGGUCGAGAUGGCGAGCGCCGUCCACGUGCUGGACAGCGUGGCGGAGGUGGGCCCGAACUACACUCUGCUGCGCAGCAAGGAGACGAAGGCGAAGCGGCGGAAGCGAAAGCGCGAGGAUGCCAGGGCGGCGCUCGACGGCCACACUGUCCUGUCCACCGGAUCGCGCCUCGAGAUCUUCUGCGACAGCGAGCGGUGGUACCCUGCGACCGUCAUGGCGCGGGAGGAGGACCGGGACGGACGGAUCGUGCACGAGGUCGAGUACGACGGCUACUCGGAUCGGCGGUGGUGGCACAUGCUGGACGACGAGCGGUGGCGCGCCGUCCCAGAGCAGGCCGGCGCGGGCGCAGGCGGCGCUGCCGCAGAUGGGGAUGGGGAUGUGGCGAUGGACCGCGUGGACGGCGAGCAUGGCGCCCGUGCCGCGGGCGACGCCGAGGCGGCCGAGGUGCGGCCGGCGCCGCCUCCUGUGCGCCGGGGCGUGCGGCGCAGCGCGCUGGCGGACGCCCUCGAGGCGGAGGAUGACGAGCAGCAGGACGAGGCUGCGCGAGACAAAAAAAGAAAUGGCCGCGCCGGAUCGGACCGCCGCAAGCGGCGUGGCGUGGAGCGGUUGAGCAUCCCUCCGGGGGGCCCUCUGCGCCGGGGAGGCGUUGUUGGAGGCUAG